UGUGGCGUGGAGUGGAAAGGAGACGGGGGAUCAGCCCUCUGUCUGCCGACACCUCAAUGCCAAGCGAUGAUAUUGACUCAAGAAGAACUUAGACAGCGGCGACGGGCUGGGGUGUCUCUUUCAAUGUUUGGUGGCCGUGAAUGAUUAACUUUUUAUUAUUUGGACCAAGCUCUGAAAGGAGGGUGCCGAUCCUCUUUCUAUUUUCAAAACUCUGCGAAUUGAUUGCACAUCUUAUUUGGUCUUGCCUAAUUUUAAUUGAUAGCAACACAACUUUGGUUUUUUUUUUCCCCUUCGAUUUCGCCCUUUAUUUGUUUUACUUGGACCACUUGUUAAUUAAAAAAAAUGUAGGGCGGUUUUUUAUUUACACUUUUCUAUUUGCACUUUUCUAUUUGCACUUUUCUAUUUGCACUUUUCUAUUUGCACUUUAUUUUGGCCACUUGCGCCUUUGCGGCGCACCACAUGGCAUUACCAACUAAGCGCAUAUCGCCAUCAUCGACAAUGCCUUUUUCUUUUGCGAGUAUUGUUUUUGUAAAAGUCUUUAAAGCUACGCAACUGAAAAACACGCCAAAACAUCAAUACUGUUCAUUUUUUAGUUUAUUUGUAUUU